AUGAAAUCUAAAAUGUCUACAGAUUCAAUUUUUAUUCAAGCAGAUUGCUAGUUUUGGACCAAUGAGUUUAUUUAAAUUAGAGAAUAAGAUUUUAAAGAAGAUUAUUUUCUCUUCUAUUCUAACAACAAAAAAACAUAUAAGAAUAAGGCUUUGAAAAGACAUGGCCCAAUAAUAAAAAAACUGAAAAAAAAUGUAAAUUUUUUGUAAUAUAAAAAGGGAUUAGAAUUAUGGUGUGAUGUUACAAAUGCUAUAAUAUAGACUAUAGAGAUACAACAUGUUGGUUAAGGAUUAAGAAUUACUAAAAAUUCAACUUCUUUAGAGUUUUUUGGAUAUGUAGAUGGUUGGCUAAAAGAAUUAAAAAAAUUCUGUAUUUAAAAACAGAUAAAAAAUUUAUUCAUUAUCAGUAAUAAAUUAGGUAGUGGGAACUAUGCAGAUGUAUAAUAGUUGAUUGAUAUUUUGAUAGGUUCAUAGAUUGAUAAGGAAGAGUGAUGAAAAGGAAUUUGCUGUAAAAAUUUAUGAUAAAUUAUCAAAUAAAUUUGACUCAGAGUGUGUGAUAAAGGAGUUAGAAAUACUUAGAAAAAUGGAUCAUCCAAAUGUAAUAACAGUAUUUGAAACAUUUGAAUCUUAAAAAUACAUAUUCAUAAUAACUGAAUUAUUGAUAAGUGGUAAUUUAGAUGAUAUUCUUUCAAAAACAACACUUACCGAAGAUGAUGCUAUAAAAGGUAUCUUUAAAAUUAUUGAUGCUUUGACAUAUAUACAUUCUAAGGGAGUCUUACAUAGAGAUAUAAAACCAGAAAAUAUUUUAUUUAGGAAACCAAAUCUUGAAGAAAUAGUCAUAUCAGAUUUUGGAUUGGCAGAAUUUUACAAUGAAGAAGGUCAAUAUAAAUAUCAUAGAUGUGGAACUGCAGGUAAUAUGGCACCAGAAAUAUUGAAGGAUCUAUUCUAUGGUUAUAAAGCUGAUUGUUACAGUGCUGGAAUCAUAUUUUAUCAGAUGUUAACUUAAGGAUAAUCCCCCUUUAUUGUAGAAGAUUAUUAGGAAACUCUUUAAAGAAAUGAAUCAGGUUAAGUAGAUUUUUCAAUAGUUUAAUCAUCUCCUGCUGUAAAGACUCUCUUAUAAUAAAUGUUAGAGUUAGAUCCCUUUAAAAGAUGUUCAACCUAAGAAGCUCGAUCUAAUAUUAUUUUUAAGAAAUACAAUCGGCAAACUAUUAUUAUUAAAAGAAAAAGAUUUUUAUAGGAUCAUACUGUUUCGAGUUAUAGUCCUAGAAGUACAUCAAUUUACUAAAGCCCUACAAAUUAAACUCCUCCUCAACUUCCUAAUAGUCCUUCUUAUAAAUUUAUUGGUACCAAAAAUCUUCUCUCUAUUCCAUUAAGGCUUAGAAGUCAUGAAAGAAAAUUAUUCUCAUCUCCAAAUUCAUGCAACUCCGGUCCAAAUAGUGCUAAAUUAUAAAUGAAAUAAAAAAACUCGAAUUUUAAAAUCAAUCAGAAAAAUAAUAAAACAAGUAUAUACUAAUGUAUGAGUUCAAAUAAAGCCAUUUGA